UUGGUUAGUUGGUUAGUUGAUCAGUUGGUCAGUUGGAUAGUUGGUUAGUUGAUCAGUUGGUCAGUUGGAUAGUUGGUUAGUUGAUCAGUUGAUCAGUUGAUCAGUUGGUCAGUUGGUCAGUUGGAGCCUUCAGAGUGAGGUCAGAUUUGUUUGGUCUCCAGGAGAAACAUGAAAACAUCGGAGUGAGUGAGACAGAAAUCCAGGAUGAAGAGUGACAAGAUGAAAAGACCCCUGCUGAAGAGUGAUGUGACGGUCCAGGUGGACAGAGAAGGAGUCAGACGGACGGUCAGAGGAUUCCUGAACAAGUCAGGCGCUAACAGGCGCUGUGACCUCUGCAGAUGGAGGAAGGUCAAAGGUCACCUGUUGGAGGGGGGGCUGAGCCUGGUACGGAACCUGGCGCCGUUUGCUUUGGGGCUGCUGUUGGCAACUCUGUACGGACUCAUAGCUCUUUUCCUGCAGAAACAGCCUCUGUGGUUGUGUGUCUACACCACGCUGACUUUGGCCGUCCUGGCAGCCUUCAGUAUGGGACUGUUCGCUAGCGUUCGGGCCAACAUCAUGGUGAUGCUGCCUUCACUGUGCUCGGCUCGGGGCAGAAACGUCAUCCUCUUAGUGUUUGCGUCGGUGCUGCUUUCUGGUCCAAUCACCAAUACCUUAGAAAACACGGAGCGAGCCGCCACCAGUCUGCUGUGUGGCGCCGAGCUGGCAGCCAAUCAAACACAGGAACUAAUGGAGAGGGCAAAUACGCCCCUUUUCGCCGCGUUGGACAGAAUCAGAGCGAUCGGCAGUAACGCUCACGCUGUAGCUGGACGAGUUAAGAAAUUCAUCUACGCUCUGACUAGCAGCUUCCGCCAUAUUGCUCGCAUUCUGAGAAACGUCCUCCACUUCCUGGUGGACAUCGGGGACUUGUGUAACGACACACUAGGCUCUCCGUACAGGAAGUGCCGGGCGCUGUUCGCCGACGCCCGACACGACUGCAACAACCUGCUGGGAGAGUUCAGAUUCAUUUGUGAAAUCGUGGACGCCUUCCUGCCGCUCUGCAACCUCGCCCGCGCCACCGAGCUCUUCUGCAUCAUCCCCUCCUACAUCGCCAGCCAGCUGAGGAAACGUCUGGCAGCUCCCACUAUUGCAGCGUUUGAGCGACUGAGGCGGGAGUUUGACUUCAACAUCUCGGCCUCGGUGACCUAUGACCUGGACACCAACAGCAGCCGCUCUCUGCAUCAGGUGUCUCAGGACAUCUUGGCGGAAAUUUCAUCAGACCUACAGGUGUUUCAGAAGCUGAUUGAACCACUGAUAUACGGCAGCCUCCUCCUGCUCGUCUGGUCCUACCUGAGGGCGGUGUGGUACAAACGCCGGUAUCUCCGUGAGCUCGACUUUGAUAACGUCUACAUCAGCGCUCAGUUCAAAAAGCUCGACGAACAGGUGACCUCCCAGGGCGGAGCCUCAGUCCUGCCAAUCACACGCAAAGAGGCCAAGACCUACAUCACACCACUGUCGUUUCACCUGACGUCCAGGGAGCGACGGGCGGUCUUGGUGGGCGUGGUCUCGGUCUUCAGACACCUGGUGAUGGGCGGUGUGCUGGUGGCGCUGGACUUCCUGGUAUUCUGGAUGCUGGAUCAGGUGCAGCAACAGGUGAAGGUUGACAUCGUGGCCAGAGCCCCAGUCACGGUGGCGGUGCGGGUGAACGGAUCGGGCUGGGCCUCGGACAUCUUCAGAGACGUCGUGGCUUCGUUUGACAUCCUGCAACGAGGAAAAAUCACUGUGAUCAGCAGGAAGUGUCUGCCGGAGCCAUCGGAGCCGGACUACUUCACAUGUUUCAUCCUGGGGUUCCUGUUGGGUCUGGCUCUGCUGGUCUCUCUGACCGGAGGAUUCAUGCAGCGCUGCAGACGACUUGCCUGUUCUUCAUAUCAUCCAGAGAGAGAGCUGGAGAGGAUCCGGUUCCUCCGGCAGCAGAUCCUGGAUCAGAGGAGGGCGGUGGGGAAAGCCCUGAAGAGGUCUGCAGCCAGAAGCCGGGCUGACGGAGGAGGAUGUGGAGGAGGAGGAGGAGGAGAGAGUCGCCUCCAGACUCUUCUGCUGCGGUUACCUGGAGGGGCUCACCUGUCUCACCUGCUGGGCCUCGCAUCGGUUACCUGUCUGUCCUGCGGCGAUGUGGUGAGACAGGACAACAUGGCGGCCUGUAAGGUCUCUCAGUGUCCAGGCGUGUACUGUCUGCCGUGUUUCCACAGUUUGGGAAACACGUGUGGCGUCUGCGCGCGACCUCUGACCUCCCAGGAAGACCGCGAGGAAGACAACGAGGAGGAGCUUGACUCCAGUGAUGACGAGCAGCUGAACAUCUCCAACAGGACACAGAUGAGGAGGACGAACUCCACGGCAACGCGCCGAAGAUCGACGGGUCGCUCGAACAGUCAAGUGACGACGGUAGAGGAUGGAGGAGAGAGUGAGAGCAGCUCUAACACCAAUGCUGACUCUGACUCUGAGUUCAGUGAAGCAGACAUGUCGUACCAGGACCGAUCCAGGUCAGACGAUAGCGACGACUCCACCACCUCUUCGACAACCAUCGAAGAGGUGGACCAGACUCUCCACACCGUCAUCGUUCACAGACCGGACGGUCCCAAAAACCUUCAGGAUCCUCCGGACCCAGUCCCGAGUCCCCAAGAUCCUGAUCCAGAAUUGUCUGUUGGUUUCAGCAGAUUAUUCACUUUGUAAUUAAAGUUAUUAAAGCAUGAAAUGAAAAUA